UUUUAUUGCUAAUUAUAUACAGUGCCCUAUAAAUUUACAAAUAAAUAUAUAUUAAACUUAAGAUUAAGUAAUUGGAUUACACAGAAACAAUAUGAACAAUUAAGUAUCAGACCAAAUGAAGUGGAAUUAGCUCAUCUUUAUUAUUUACCAAAAGCUCACAAACCUGGCACUCCACUUCGGCCAAUUGUUUUUGGACUUAAACAUCCAGCUAUAAAAAUAUCAAAAUUUCUCGACGAAUUGCUCCGACCAUUAUUUGAUAAAAUAGCAUCAAACACAACUGUUACUUCUCGAACCGAAGUUAUCAAAUACCCUAGAGAAUAUACUGAGUUAUGGGUACCCAAAAAAGUACCCUGA